AUGGUGAAAAAGAGCAUUGAGAAAGGUGUCUGUAGCAUGUCUGGUGACGAAAAGAAGGGUCCUCUCAUCGUGUCCAGACCUGACGGUGCUCCAGCCAAGGGCGAUGGCCCCGCCAGCCUUGGGGCGCCUGGCGGCCGCCUUACCAUACCACCUCGAGAGACCUGGACACGGCAGAUGGACUUCAUCAUGUCAUGCGUGGGCUUCGCUGUGGGCCUGGGUAACGUGUGGCGCUUCCCCUACCUAUGCUACAAGAAUGGUGGAGGUGUGUUCCUUAUUCCCUACAUCCUGUUCGUGGUGGUUGGAGGAAUCCCCAUUUUCCUCCUGGAAAUCUCACUGGGCCAGUUCAUGAAGGCUGGCAGUAUCAACGUCUGGAACAUCUGUCCCCUAUUCAAAGGCCUGGGCUAUGCCUCCAUGGUGAUUGUCUUCUUCUGCAACACCUACUACAUCAUGGUGUUGGCCUGGGGCUUCUAUUACCUGGUCAAGUCAUUCACCACCACUUUGCCCUGGGCCACGUGUGGCCACACCUGGAACACUCCUGACUGUGUGGAGAUCUUUCGCCGUGAAGACUGUGCCAAUGCCAGCCUGGCCAACCUUACGUGUGACCAGCUUGCUGACCGUCGGUCCCCUGUCAUCGAGUUCUGGGAGAACAAAGUCUUGAGACUCUCUGCGGGGCUGGAGGUGCCAGGGUCCCUCAACUGGGAGGUGACCCUAUGCCUGCUGGCCUGCUGGGUGCUGGUCUACUUCUGUGUGUGGAAGGGGGUCAGGUCAACAGGAAAGAUUGUGUACUUCACCGCUACGUUCCCCUAUGUGGUCCUUGUCCUGCUGCUGGUGCGGGGGGCGCUGCUGCCGGGAGCCCUGGAUGGCAUCAUCUACUAUCUCAAGCCUGACUGGUCCAAGCUGGGGUCCCCUCAGGUAUGGAUAGAUGCCGGGACCCAGGUUUUCUUCUCUUACGCCAUCGGCCUGGGGGCCCUCACAGCCCUAGGCAGCUACAAUCGCUUUAACAACAACUGCUACAAGGAUGCCAUCCUCCUGGCACUCAUCAACAGUGGGACCAGCUUCUUUGCUGGUUUUGUGGUCUUCUCCAUCCUGGGCUUUAUGGCCACAGAGCAGGGUGUGCAUAUCUCCAAGGUGGCAGAAUCAGGGCCUGGCCUGGCCUUCAUUGCCUACCCACGGGCUGUCGCACUGAUGCCUGUGGCCCCACUCUGGGCUGCCUUGUUCUUCUUCAUGCUGCUGCUGCUCGGUCUGGACAGCCAGUUUGUAGGUGUGGAGGGCUUCAUCACCGGGCUCCUGGAUCUCCUCCCGGCCUCCUGCUACUUCCGUUUCCAAAGGGAGAUCUCCGUGGCACUCUGCUGUGUCCUCUGCUUGGUCAUCGAUCUCUCCAUGGUGACCGAUGGUGGGAUGUACGUCUUCCAGCUGUUUGACUACUACUCGGCUAGUGGCACUACCCUGCUUUGGCAAGCCUUUUGGGAGUGUGUGGUGGUGGCUUGGGUUUAUGGAGCUGACCGCUUCAUGGAUGACAUUGCCUGUAUGAUUGGUUACCGGCCUUGCCCCUGGAUGAAAUGGUGCUGGUCCUCCUUCACCCCACUGGUCUGCAUGGGCAUCUUCAUCUUCAACGUUGUAUACUACGAGCCGCUGGUCUACAACAAUACCUACGUGUACCCAUGGUGGGGCGAAGCCAUAGGCUGGGCCUUUGCCCUCUCUUCCAUGCUGUGUGUACCCCUCCACCUCCUGGGCUGUCUCCUCAGGGCAAAAGGAACCAUGGCAGAGCGCUGGCAGCAGCUGACCCAGCCUAUCUGGGGCCUCCACCACUUGGAACACAGAGCUCAGGAUGCAGAUGUCAUGGACCUCACCACCCUGACUCCAGUGUCCGAGCGCAGCGAGGUCGUCGAGGUGGAGAGUGUCCUGUGA